CGCUCUUUCUAGAAAGUUCGCAAGACGCCUAAGGAAAAAUAAGGACACAAAAACUCCCAACUGCGUGUUCCCACCAUCCGCACGCAAAUCGUCCGUAAUCAAGUGGCCUCCGAGAACACUGUGCCCGGAAAAGAGAGGCCUGAGGUCACGUGGGAUGUGACUCGGGCCACUUCAGCCCACACCCCUUGUCACGUGGACACAUCGUGGCAAGACCGCCCAACCUUCCCCUGUGAGGGUAGUCUUUUGUGGUUUUGUUUGCUUUUACUGGUUGUGGAGAGUCGUGUCUGCUAAAGAUACAAUUUUGCCUAAUUUGGGGGUGUCAUAUCGUAAGGAUGCUCCCUUAUUAAAUUCAUUUUAGGCAUACUUUUCAGUGGCUGCGUGAUAUCCUGAAACGCGCGUCGUGCUUUCCUUAACCAACCCCCCAUUGUUGGGCAUUUGGGCUGUUUCUAGCUUUGUCCUGUUUGCCAUUUUUAACUAAUGCUGUGAUCAUCAGCAUUACACUUUAUACCGAUGCUGGGCCAUUUCACCAUGGUGCGAGGCGUUGCGGGAGCUGGAAGAUAAGCCACGUACAAUCCCUUCCCGUAAGGUGCAGAUAUAAAUAACUUUAAUCCAAAGUAGGUGAUAGUUGCUGUAAGCAGACAACUGGAACCGGAAUGUAGGAAAAGUCUUGCCUGGGCUGCACGGGAUUCUAGGAAAGUUACCCGCGAAAAUCUGAGCCUCCGCGUCCGCAGCUACGAGCCUCUGCAGGUGCCAUGACUCAACCGCCCCAGGAGGGCUUCGACAGGAGCGUGGAGGAGGCCCGGCAGUGGAUGAAGGCUGUGCAGGAGCGGCUGCAGGUCAACGACAACACCCAGGGGCCCCGGGCGGCCCUGGAGGCCAGGCUGCGGGAGACCGAGAAAAUAUGCCAGCUGGAGCCGGAGGGGCGCGUGAAGGUGGACGUCGUGCUGCGGGCGGCGGAGGGCCUCCUGGCGUGUUGCCGUGACGGCCAGAAGCCUGAGAUCCUGGCCCAGCUGAAGGACGUCAAAGCCCAGUGGGAGGAGACGGUCACCUACAUGACCCACUGUCACAGCCGCAUCGAGUGGGUGUGGCUGCACUGGAGCGAGUACCUGCUGGCUCGAGAUGAGUUCUACCGUUGGUUCCAGAAGAUGAUGGUGGUCCUGGAGCUGCCCGUGGAGCUGCAGCUGGGCCUGAAGGAGAAGCAGUGGCAGCUGAGCCACGCCCAGGUCCUGCUGCACAACGUGGGCAACCAGGCCGUGCUCCUCGACCGGCUGCUGGAGGAGGCGGCCUCCCUGUUCAACAGGAUCGGGGACCCCAGUGUGGACGAAGAUGCCCAGAAGAGGAUGAAGGCCGAGUACGCCGCGGUGAAGGCCAAAGCCCAGGACAGAGUGGGCCUGCUGGAGCAGGUGACCCGGGAGCACGAGCAUUUCCAGGCAGGCGUGGACGAGUUCCAGCUGUGGCUGAAGGCGGUGGUGGAGAAGGUGAGCAGCUGCCUGGGGCGGAACUGCAAACUGACCACCGAGGGCCGUCUCUGCGCGCUGCAGGACAUCGCUGGCGAUUUUCCCCGGGGUAAGGAGUCUUUGAGGAGGCUGGAGGAGCAGGCUGUGGGCGUCAUCCAGAACACCUCUCCUCUGGGCGCGGAGAAGAUCACCGAGGAGCUGGAGGAGAUGCAGAAAGUUCUGGACAAGCUGCGAGCCCUCUGGGAGGAGGAGGAGGAGCGGCUGCAGGGCCUGCUCAAGUCCAUGGGAGCCUGUGAGCAGCAGAGGCGGCAGCUAGAGGCCGAGCUGGGAGAGUUCAGGAAGGACCUUCAGAGGCUGGCCGAGGAGGGUCUGCAGCCCGCGGCGAAGGCGGGGACCGAGGACGAGCUGGUGGCCCGCUGGAGACUCUACUCGGCGACGCGGGCGGCUCUGGCCGCGGAGGAGCCCCGGGUGACCCGGCUGCAGGCCCAGCUGAAGGAGCUCAUCGUCUACCCCCAUGACCUGCAGCCGCUCUCCGACAGCGUGGUCGCUGCUCUCCAGGAGUACCAGAGCAUGAAGGGGCAGAGCGCCAGGCUGCGCAAUGCCACGGGGGCGGAGCUGUGGCAGCGUUUCCAGAGGCCUCUACAGGACCUGCAGCUGUGGACGGCCCUGGCCCAGAGCCUCCUGGACAUCACCGCCAGCCUGCCGGACCUGCCCUCCAUUCACACCUUCCUGCCCCAGGUCGAGGCGGCCCUGGCAGAAAGCUCGCGCUUGAAGGAGCAGCUGAUGAUGCUACAGCUGAAGAAAGACCUGCUGAGGAGCAUCUUCGGCCAGGACAAAGCCACGGCCCUCCUGGAGCAGGUGGCGAGCUCCGUGCGGGACAGAGACUUGCUGCACAACGGCCUCCUGCAGAGGAAAAGCAAGCUGCAGAGCCUGCUGGCUCAGCACCAAGAUUUUGGGGCUGCUUUCGAGCCCCUACAGAAGAAGCUGUCAGACCUCCAAGGCAGGGUCCGAGCUGAGAACGGGCUUCAGCAGGACCUUCCUAGGAAACAGACCCAGCUCUCCAGGUUGCAGGGGCUGCAGGAAGAGGGGCUGGACCUUGGGGCACAGAUGGAGGCCGUGAGGCCUCUCGUCCAGGGGAACCCCACCCACCAGCACAAAAUGGAGCAGCUUUCUGCCGACUACCAGGCCCUGCAGAGGUCUCUGGAGGACCUCAUGGACAGGUGUCAGCAGAGCGUGCGCGAACAUUGCACCUUCAGCCACCAGCUGCUGGAGCUGAGACAGUGGAUCGCCGUGGUCACCCAGAAGCUGGAGUCACACCAGGAGGAGGCGGGCCCGUGGGACGCCCAGUCCCGGGAGGUCGAAGUCGAGAGGCUGUUGGCUGAAUUCCUGGAGAAGGAGGCCCAGCUGCCCCUGGUCGAAGCCUACGGCCGGCUGGUGAUGAAGAAGUCUUCUCCGGAAGGGGCUGCUCUGGUCCAGGAGGAGCUGGAGGAAUUGGUGGAGUCGUGGCAGGCUCUGAAGCCGCUGGAGGAAAGCCUGCUGCGCCUCAUCAGAAACCAGCAGCUGCAGAGGACGGAAGUGGACUCGGGGAAGAAAACGAUUUUCACCAACGACAUCCCGAAGACUGGGUUUCUCAUCGAUCCCGCGGAGCCUCUUUCCGGGCGUCACCGCCGGGCAAAUCUGCUCCGGGAAGAAGGCAGCCGGGAAGGUUACUCCCAGCUCCUGAGGGACUUUGAGCAGUGGUUGGAGGUGGAAAACGCCAAGCUGGUUAGCAUCAUCGCGAUGAGAAUGGCCGCAGCCACGGAUCUGAGGGCCAGGGAAACGAAGCUACAGGAGCUGCAGGCUCGGGUGCCAGAAGGUCAGCGUCUCUUCGAGAACCUCCUUCAUGUCGGGCCCGCGAGGGGGUCCUCGGACGAGCUCGAGGAGCUGCGUUACCGGUGGAUGCUGUACAAGUCCAAGCUCAAGGACUCCGGCCACCUGCUGACACAGAGUUCUCCAGGGGAGCCGACUGGAUUCCAAAAGGCUCCGCGGUGGCGAGGACUCGGGCCCCUCUUCCGGAAGGUGUGCUGUGUGGCUCUCCCCUUGCAGCUGCUGUUCCUGCUGUUCCUGCUGUUCCUGCUGUUCCUGCUUCCGGUCGGAGAAGAGAACCGCAGCUGCACGCUGGCCAACAACUUCGCCCGCUCCUUCAAGUUCAUGCUGCGCUACGAUGGCCCCCCGCCCACCUAACCCGCCGGGCCACGCAGGUGACUCUCUCCUCCAGCCCUCCAUCCGCCCCAGGGCUCCUUCCGAGGGCGCCCAGGAAACUGGAAACAGAGGCAGGCUGCGACCGGCACAGCUGCCUCGGUGUAAAUACUGCAUUGAUGCCCCCCAAACAAAACCACUUUUUAUAUGGUGUCGUCUUAGCCUAGUUAUCCUAAAGGUGCCCUACGUGCGGCUAGGGAGUGAUGCAUAGAAUGUUUAUAUCCUCUGUGUGUAGAUAUGCUCAGUCCGCAUGGUUUCACGUAUGGCGUCUAUUUGUGGGUGGGAAGGUUCCUAGCAGCUUGCGGGCCCUGCGGGAUUUUGUGGCAUUUUUGCCUGGGUCUGCGCCCCCCCCCCCCCCCCCCCCGCCCUGGGGAGCGACAACAGGAACGUGUCACUUUUCUGGCAACUGCUUAGCGGGAAGCCAUGUCCCAACCCCAGAUGCUAGUGGAGAGGCCCCUGAGCUGUCAACACGGAGGAGCAACACCAGCCCUCACUCAGCUCAGUGGCUCUCGCUCUAGACACAGUGAGAACAAAAUGACAGCGGGUUAGAUGCCGUGGGUCAGAAGCGUAAGGGUGAUGCUUGAAGACAGGGCCGGUGACAGCAGCGAAAAGUGACGAGUGAUAGCGUGCUAUCCCUGAAGGAAAAGAAAGAUGACAAGCAGGACCCAGGACUAUACCAGCUCACAGAAUUUUGGGCACCCUGUGCAGGGGCGGGGGGGGGGGGGGGCGCCCCCCCCCCCCCCCCGCCCUGCCCCACCACCUCUUGGCCUCUGAUGGCCCAGAGCAAUGCAGAAGGCCGUGGCUGUGACCCUGAUCUGCAGGUCCGGUUAGAGCAUGCUCACUGUGUUCUGGGAAAGGAGAAGGGAAGGAGGGAAACUGCCUUGCCAAGGUCUUCAUUCAGAAUGGGGAGCACGCUGUGCCGGGGCAAUGUGUCCUUCCGUCCCUCUUGGGCUGUUUUCCACUGUCUACGACUCGAGCUGAAGGGUCCGGGGCGGGGGGGGGGGAGCAUGUGGCCCUCCAGGAAGCAGGGAUCGAGGGUCCCAGACAGAGAUGAGAGAUGGGCGUUGGAGCUCAGCCUGUCUAGGGGUCUCUGCCUCUUCCUCCCUGGAGAACGGACUUCGGAGGGAGGUGGGUCUUCUGGGCUGAGACUGUCCCACACGUGUCCUCACGAGGGGAGCCGAACGAGGCUGCCCCCAGGAGAGGGGGGCCCCCCCCCGCAGACCGGAUGCGGGGCCCUGAGGCCAGAAACGUGUCCUUUCCUCCUGUGCGCAUUAUAACUGGAUCGCAGUUUCCUUAAAUCAACAAAAACACUAAGUUUCCUUUUGGAAAACGCCUAGUGGCCCCUCUUUACAAACUGAUUUUGUCCGCUCACCUACAAGCAGUAGACCGAGAGGGGAUCCUGAAGCGUCCAGCCUCCGAAAGGCCCUGCAAAGAAGGAAACGGAGGACCCAGGAGGGUCCUGACUGCCGGCGCCAAGCCCCGCCCCCCAGCGCUCCGGCAAACACGGCCCCUCCCUCUGCAGAACCCAGGCCCCCACCCCCCCCCCCCCCCCGGACUGGGCCAAGCUGGACAUUCCCGGGGCAGGAAAAACGCAGCUGCGGAGAAGUUCGCACUCAGAAGGCACACUUUUCUCCAGAUACUAGGAGGCGGAGCCACUAGACGGGUCCCCGCGGGCGACCACUGUCCUGGAAAAUCAGGGCUGGAGGACCCAGGCGUUGGGUCACGUGGCCGAGCCCAGGUGCUCCCCGGGGCCGUGCGGGUCCGGCCUGGAAGGUCAGACUGUGGCCGGGCCUUCGAGCAUCUCUGACUCUCCCACUUCGCGGGCGAGGAGGCCGAGGCCCCGAGAGGGGAGGAACUUGCCCAAGACCACACAGCGAGAGGCGGGCGCCCCGAAGCCCCGGCUCACCGUAGGGUGACCUGUCGCGUCGGUAGCCGUGCUGCGUGUAGCCCACGUCCCCGGGCAGAAAAACUGUAAUACGCAGGCUGGGGGGGGUGGGGGGGUGGGAACGUCUGUACGUAUUUUUUAACUUUUGAUAACGAGGCCCUAGAGCCUGCUUGUUUGCGUCACUUUUUUAAAAAAGAGGAUGGGUAUUUUCAUUACUUUCAUAUAAAUACAGUUGUGAAAUAGCCCACGGA